AUGGCGACAAUCGAUAAGUCUUGGACCAAAAUCAGAAAUCGUGGUUGCCAUGAAUUUUGGAAUGGUCUACAAGCCUUUUUAGCAAUGGCAUCAAAACAUAAGGAUUGUGAUGGAAGAAUUCGAUGUCCUUGUGUGAGAUGUAUAAAUAGUAGGUUUGAAAAAAUAGAUAGGAUUAGAGCACACGUAUUUGAUCGAGGUUUUAUGCAAGGAUAUGAGAAGUGGAUUUAUCACGGGGAGCCUGAGGAUGCUGUCGAUGAUGUAGCAGUUGGCGAUGUUGAAUCAGAGGAUGAAAUGAUUCCUAUUCUAGAAGACUUCUUUCCCUCGACAACAGAGGAUCGACAAGGAGAAGAUGAACAACCAACCACAAACCCACAAUUUGAUGACUUAUUUGAGGAAAUUGAAGCUGAAUUGUAUCCCGGUUGUGAUUGGAUUUCGUCUCUCAACUUUUUAGCAAAGCUAUUGCAUUUAAAAGUUAGAGAAAAAAUUCCUAAUAACAUCUUUGAAGAAUUGUUGAAGCUUUUAAAGUUUGCAUUUCCGAAGGAAAAUAAUAUUCCAUCAACUUACUACGAGCCAAAAAAGAGAUUGAAGAAAUUAGGCUUGGGUUAUGAUUCUAUCCAUGUCUGUUUGUAUAAUUGUUGCUUAUUUUAUAAGGAGAAUGCAUCCAAGGAGGCUUGUCCAGUUUGCGGAACUAGUCGUUGGGUUACUUCCGAGAACCGCAAAGGAAAAAAAGUUCCUUGCAAAGUCAUGCGAUACUUUCCGUUGACACCUCGACUUAAAAGAUUAUAUAGUUCGAGGAUUACAACGAAAAGCAUGAUAUGGCAUCAUACUGGAAAAUCAAAAGAUGAUGGGGUGUUGCGACACCCGGUCGAUGGUCUCGCUUGGAAAGACUUUGAUGGAAAACAUCCAGAGUUUGCAAGGGACCCAAGAAAUGUUUGA